CCAAGUAUAUGACAACUCUUAAACUUAAUUUGUUCCACAAAAUAACUUAAAACAACAAACUAAAUCCAUAUUUUCAUGUUUACAUAUGUUUAUAUUGUGUCAACUAAAAGUAGUGGCGUUCAAUAGGUAGUUAUACAAAAUAUGAUCCGGUUUAACUGCGUUUAAUUGCUAUGCACAACAUUUCCGAUGUGUUAUGACGAUUUACCUUGUGUGGUUCAUUUUACAUGGCAUAGUUCCGAUUCAUUCAAAUCCAUUUACAUACAAACAGUUUCAACCCUUUCAAUAUUCUAGCUAUGGAGGGUAUCCAAAACAAUCCAAAAUUAUCUACAACAAUAAUUAUAUGCCGUUAACAAACUUAAACCCAUAUAAGGUCGGUCAAACAUAUUCUCAAAACAUUUCACCUAACAACAAAGAGAAAUUGAGAAAAAGUGAUAACGACAGAAAACCUAUUGUUACAAACAACAAAAGCACAAGAGUGAAUAUUUCUCUUUUCCUACCUCCAAAAACCCAUCUUAAAAAGUCAAAAGAGUUUUACAAGAAUCUUCACAAAUUGUUUUCCAAAUAUGUGAAAGCUGAAGAUACAGGAAAUAAUCCAAAUGGUCAGAUUAGAAAUGGUGAUUUUCAACAAAGUUUUCCUUCAGAGAUAUAUUUAAAAAGGAACGGAGAUUGGGCUCCGUCAAACGACAACUCGUACGCUUGUAAUGGUACACUCUCCCUUCAUUAUGAACAUGAUAUUGAUCCAACUUUUAGAGAAAAUAGUAUGAAUAACAGAAUCAGACUAAAGAAAAGAAACCGUAAUGAAAAGAAUGGACCACUUUCUUGGAAUGAUUAUAUAGAAAUGUCAACUAUUAAUAUUGAUCUUGUAUAUGAUCAAACUGAACCUCCAAUUUCAGCAUUUUAUAAAUAUGAAAAAGACGAUGAUUCAAUUCCUCCAAAGAUCAAGACAGAUCCGAUUAUGUGGAUAUCAAAGUUGCCUCAAAUUAACCAAAAUUUAAACAAGGAGACUAGUAAAAUUCAACUGUGUGAAUCAAAAAGUGAUUGUGAAAAAAGCUAUAAAGUAAAAUGCAUUUGCUCCUUAUUUGACAUGAUUAAUAAAAUCAAUACAAUAAUAAUUAAUAGCAACAAUCAAAAAGAACUGUUGGAAAGAAUAAGCAAUUUGUCCUGCCACAACUACAUACCUAUAACGGUAGAAUAUAAAAUCCCUACGGCAAUGAAUCCUCGGUUGAUUUAUACAAAAAGAAAAGAAUUGGUCGUAGAUGCGGAAACUGGUCCUAAAGAAAUUUCCGAUUCGACGAUAAAACAAUUACUAAAAAGAUCAAUCCCGAAUGAAGGAGUUGACUUUUAUGCAUUUGCAAGUUCCAAUAUUGAGAUACCGUGUUUUUCAAGUGAUGAAAUGCUGCUAUCAAUAAAUUCACCAGAUUCUGUUCAAUAUUUGUGGGCUCAUGGAGAUAAUAAACUUAUUACAGAGGGAAGAAUAAUACCAGAUGCAGACCGUAGAGGAACGUUAAAGAUUAUUGGCAUUACAAUGGCAGAUUCAGAUAAUUACACUUGCACAGUGAAUUUUAAAGAUCCUGAUACUCAAUUAUUGACCACGCUCUCAUUCAUUCACAAGGUAAUGGUCGUUUCACCACCAAACAUUGCUCUUCACACGUCGAUUCACUACGGCGUGUCAUCCAAGGCAAAAUGUGACCGAGAAGUUUUGGAAAUGUUCGAGCUUUAUCUUUCACAGCAGGUCGAAGAUAUAAUAUGCAAGAGUAGGAAAUCGGACAAGAUUCAUAUUUGCGAGGUUGAAAUUUACAAUCCCAUGUGUAGGCGUAACGAUUAUGAAGAAAAUGAUGUAAAUUCAAAAUUGCUGUGGACCUUAGGGAAAAAAACAAACAACAGCCAAAAGGACCAAUCCUAUUUUAGUAUGCUUUUUCAAAGAAAUAAACGAUACAGUUCUUAUUUGCCCGUAGAAAAAUUGUUAGAAGGUGAUGAGCUAAUGAAAAAUACUGCUGUGUUGUCGUUGAGUUAUCAAGUUUUGAUGAAGGACAUUUGGGGAUUUAUUACUGCGAUUAAUAACAGGUCGCAUUGUUCACCGUUCUGCCAACAGAAGAUCACACUGAUUUUAAUUAAAAUCAUCAAAAGGUCAAUUCUAUCCGGGCUCUCUUAUCCAGUCAACUUUUCCAAAGCGACAAUUUACAUACCAGAUCUUUCGUCAAUAAACACAAAAGUUAUAAUCGCAUGUGAAGGUGGUCUUCAUUUAUCUGAAGGUUUUUGCGUUCCUUGUCCAAAAGGGCAUUUCAGCGAAGAAGGAAGCACGGAAUGUAAGAAAUGCCCUUGGGGAACGUACCAGGACAAAAUCGCUUCAAUUAAAUGUGAGGCUUGCAGCCACCCUUUAAAAGAAGGAUGUUAUGAAAUGAUGUUUGCAUUUAGUUUUUACACAAUAUUAGUAAGUGCGAGCAUUUUCUUAAUUUUGUUUACAUGCUGCUAUUACUUUUGUUGCUGUCGAACUUCUAAAACGAAAAUGACAGAGUACACGCCAGUUAAACUGAUUUGUGAAGAAUGCCCAAGGGUUAGAAACAAAAAAGUACUACGAGAAAAUAGAUCAAAGAAAAAUCUAUUGUCGUCAGAAAUUGAAAAAGACGGAUGUAAAAAUUCAUUCAGAGUAAAAGGAUUUAACCAUUUCCCUCAACAAAGACGCCUGUGACUUAAUUUGUCAGACAAGUUUACAAAUCAACAAGUUGGCAGUAUCUCUCACAAAGUCGGGAGGUAUUAAAGUGUCAGAAUGGAAGAGGGUUUUGUAAAUAAUAAAGUAUAAAUAGUAUUAACAUUAUUUUCUGUUUGCACUAUAGCAAUAUUUAUUUAACAUUAAUGAAAAUUAAUUAAUGUAUGAAAUUCUGGUAAUAUAACGUUUGGCCUGAAAAUUGAAACAAAUGUCUAGAAUUAGCAGAAAUGCUUUAAAACAUUUAAAAUCGGUUUUAAAAAUGGCAAAGGUAUAGCGAAACCAUCAGUGGCCGUGUGGUAAAGGCGUCUAAUUCAUAUUUGUGUACUAGUGGCUUUAGGUUCAAAUCCUGAUAUGCCAUGGAAUUUACUUGAAAAUAACUAGAAAAAAGUAUUGUAAAUUGGUUUGACCCUUUUCCAAAAUUCAGCGUAUGAGAGUAAUUAAUUUGAUUUUUUUUAGGCCUGCAAAGCCAAGGGCGGAUCCAGGUUGGGCAUCAGGGGGGUGUAAAUUUUUUUUUUUAAUUCUGAAAAUUUUUUGAAAAUUUGAAAAUUGACAAUUCUGCAUAUUGUUUUACGUACAAAUGCAAUACUUUCACCUCCUUCAAAGGAAAAUUUUUUAAAACAAAUCUCUUAAUUUAAAUGUAUGAAUUGUUUAAUUUCAAAAAGGCGCAUAAUUUUCAUAAGUUUCCCAAAUGUUUUUCCAUCAUAGUCUGCAAUGUAAAUGAUUUUAAUUACCAGCGUUAACGAAUAUAAAAAAUUUAUCGCCAACUUAGGAGUUAUCACAUGAAGAGAUCAAAUAAGAAGAUUAGAGACUGAAAUCAGAAAAGCACCAGCAGGACAUGUCUAAUCACGAAAAAAAUCAUGGUCUGCAAUGUAAUUUUUUAAGACAAAAAGACAAA